AUGCGACAGUCUUGGAGGAAAGCUUUCAAACCUCCUUAUAGAAUUACUAUACGUGCUCAACUAACUGCAUUAGUCAGUCUCGUUGCAAUCAUCUCAUUAAUCAUUUUAGCAGUCACCACAGGUGUUUAUUUCACUGAAAAUUAUAAAGAAUUACGUUCAGGCAGACUAAAUAUCGCAGCCAAAUUAAAAUCUUCUCAGAUCGAUCAAACUUUAAAUUACCUUUUCUACCAAUGUAGAUAUUUGACUUCAAGAGAUACUUUACAAAAUGCAUUAAUCAAUUAUGAAGCUGGUAAUAAAACUUAUGAAAAUUGGAUAGAAUCUGAAAAUGUUGUACAGAAAUUUUUAUCUUCUUCUGACUUAUUUUAUGUUGCAAGAUUAUAUGAUUUGAAUUUUAAACAAGUAGUAAAUGCUACCAACAAUGGCACUGGUGACUUGAUCCCUAACGAAGUUCUAUCUGAAUUAUUUCCAUUAUCAACUAACCAGUCUUUACCUUCUUCCUUAAAUAACGAUGGUAUUCUAACAGAUCCUGUUUUAAAUGGAAGUAUCUAUUUAAUGUCAAUGUCUCUACCCAUAUUGACCAACCCUUCAAUCAUAUUAUCAUCUUCAAGAGUGUAUGGGUACAUCACAAUCGUCAUGUCUGCUGAUGGUCUUAAAAAUGUCUAUUUGAAUAAUACUGCUUUGGAAAAUUCAAAUGUCACUGUUAUUUCUGCAAUAUACAAUGACCAAGGGAAAGUCGAUGGGUUCCAUUUUGUUUUUGAAGUAGAAAAUGACGACUUUUCAACUUUAAUAGAAUAUCCAAUCCAAAAUGGAACUUACUUAAGUUCUGCUUUAGUAGAGGGAAAAAGUGGCUCAAUUAAAAAAACAAAAUACCCGUUCAAUAGAGAAUUAGCCAUUGGUUAUUCACCUUGUUCCUUCUCUUUAUCGAAUUGGGUAGCCUUAGUUACUCAACCAGAAGCAGUGUUUUUAUCCCCUUCAACAAAAUUAGAAAAAAUUAUUAGUGGUACAGUCGUCGCAAUUGCAGUAUUCGUUUGUUUAAUCACUUUCCCAUUAUCUCAUUGGGCUGUAAAACCAAUCGUGAGGUUACAAAAAGCAACUGAAUUAAUUUCACAAGGUAGAGGUUUAAAACCAACAUCAAAUUUUUCUAAUGGUGAUUCCUCAAGUACUUCUGAUAACUGGAGAGAAAGUGUAGAAAGUCAUGUACGUGCAUCUUUAGGAAUUUUUAAAUCAUUAAGAAACAACGGAUCUAAUGAGUUACAAUCAAAUGAUGACAUGAAUGAAAUUAAUGAAAGGUCAAGUAAGAAUAAUUCAACUGGUGAUAACAUAAAGUCAAGUGAUAAUGACUCUUCAAGUUCCUUCCAAAGGUAUACUACUUCGAAUUUAGUUCAAGCUAGGGUGCCGGUAUAUGGUAGAUUUCUUCAAGAUGAAUUGUCAGAAUUAACAGAUACUUUUAAUGCAAUGACCAACGCUUUAGAUCAACAUUAUACUUUGUUAGAAGAUAGAGUUAGGGCCAGAACAAAGCAAUUGGAAGCAGCUAAAAUCGAAGCAGAAGCUGCCAAUGAGGCCAAAACAGUAUUUAUUGCGAAUAUAUCACAUGAAUUAAGAACUCCAUUAAACGGUAUUCUUGGAAUGACAGCAAUUUCAAUGGAAGAAGAUGAUAGUGACAAAAUUAAAGAAAAUUUAAAAUUAAUCUUCAGAUCAGGAGAAUUACUUUUACAUAUUUUAACAGAAUUAUUAACAUUUUCAAAGAACGUUUUAAAGAGAACCAAUCUUGAAAAAAGAGAUUUUUGCAUAACCGAAAUAGCAUUACAAAUAAAAUCAAUUUUUGGCAAAGUUGCCAGAGAUCAGCAUGUAAAAUUGUUAAUCAUUUUAAUGCCAAAUAGAAUAAGAUCUAUGGUAUUAUGGGGAGAUUCAAACAGAAUAAUCCAAAUUGUCAUGAACUUAGUCUCAAAUGCAUUGAAAUUCACACCAAUAGAUGGUAAAGUGGAUGUCAGAAUAAAAUUAUUAGGUGAAUAUGAUGAGGAAAGAAGUAUGAACGAUGAUUACAAAGAAGUAUACAUUAAAAGCGGAACCGAAUUACCUAUUGGAAAUGGUAAAAAAACUGAUAUGGUAAGGAAAAAAAUACAAGAACUUUCAGAAAAAGAUUGUAUUGAAGGUGAUACUGCUAGUAGUGGUUCUCAUAUGUCAGGAAGUUCAAAAAUUGACAAACUUAUUGAAGAUGAGGAAAAGAAUUCAUUCUCAGAUAAUGAAGACACUAACAAUGAUAUUGAAAUUUUAUCCAUGACAACUUCAAGCACAAGAUCAUACGACGAUGCUGCAUUACAAAGACAAUUUAAAAAGACACCAGAUUUAGAUGACAAAGAAGAAACUUUGGGUGUUGAAUUAAGCGAACCAAAAACUUGGGUUAUUUCAGUGGAAGUCGAGGAUACAGGACCCGGUAUUGAGCCCAAAUUACAGGAAGCUGUUUUUGAACCAUUUGUUCAGGGUGAUCAGGCAUUAUCAAGACAAUAUGGUGGUACCGGGUUAGGUUUAUCUAUUUGUAGACAAUUAGCCACUAUGAUGCAUGGUACAAUGAAACUUGAAUCAACUGUAGGAGUUGGUAGUAAAUUUAUAUUCACGGUUCCAUUGAAGCAAACUAGAGAAAUACAUUUUGAUGAUGAAAAAUUUGAAGAUGAGUUUAAUGCAGAGAGCAAGAAAAAUAGAAGAAUUAAAUUUAAAAUUUACGACAGUUCAAAGUCGCAUGACAGUAAUGAUGAAGAUGAAGAAGGAAUUAAAUCAUCAAGAGACAUUGAUUCAUCAAAUAAUGAACAUAAGGACGAGAAUGGAACUAGUCCAGAUAAUCAUAGUAAAGUCAGAUUAGAUAGACCAUUUUUGCAAAGUACUGGUACCGCUACCUCAAGCCAAAAGAUUCCUACACUAAUUAACAAAGAGGACACUAAUAUAGAAAAGAGCAUAAGAAUUUUGGUUGCAGAAGAUAAUCACGUUAACCAAGAGGUCAUCAAGAGAAUGUUGAAUUUAGAAAAGAUAGAUAACAUCGAUUUAGCUUGUGAUGGUCAAGAUGCUUUUGAUAAAGUCAAAUCGUUGGCAGAUAACGAAGAAUACUACGAUAUCAUUUUCAUGGAUGUCCAAAUGCCAAAAGUAGAUGGUUUAGUGUCUACAAAAAUGAUAAGAAAGGACUUGAACUACAAGCACCCAAUUGUUGCAUUAACUGCAUUUGCUAACGAUGAUAACAUUAAAGAAUGUUUAGACGCAGGCAUGGAUGGGUUCCUAGGGAAGCCUAUCAAGAGACCAAAACUAAAGCAAAUCUUACAAGAAUAUAUUGAUACAGAAAAGCAAAUAAACUAG